GAUUGUUGCCGAAGCCCUGCUGGAGGAGAGAAACAAGAUGAAAGCAGGCAAUGCUCCAGAAGGACCCUUCCUCUUUCUUUACAUCAGAGAACACAAGAACGAGGGAAACUGUACAAAUGUACAGAGUGUGCAGAAAGCUUUGGUACAAGCCGCUCCCUUGCAUCGCAUAAAAAGAUUCAUAGAGCAGAGGAUCCACACACAUGUCAGGAUUGUGGAAAGACCUUCAGUCAGAAAAAUCACCUGAAUUCACAUCAGAGGGUCCACAAAGGGAGGAAGCAGCAUCAAUGCAUCAAGUGCGGAAAGAGCUUCGGAAGCAGAGCCUCCCUUACUUCCCAUCAAAGCAUCCACAGAGAGGAGACGUUGUAUCAACGCAGGCAGAGUAGAACGAGGGUUACCUGGAACAAGGAACUGAGUUCCUGGAAAAAAAGCCUCACCGGGAAUGAUUCAUGUAAAUGCCUGGAAUGUGGGAAGAGCUUUCGCUUUGCAAGUGAGCUCUCUUACCAUAAUAGGAUCCAUACAGGGGAAAAGCCGUACCAUUGCACGGUGUGUGGAAAGAGUUUCACCCAAAAAGGUUAUUUCAAUUUACAUAAGAAGAUCCACACGGGAGAAAAGCCGUAUAAAUGCACAGAGUGUGAAAAAUGCUUCACGACCCCUGGUGCCCUUACUUGCCAUAAGAGGAUUCACACGGGGGAGAAACCCUAUGAAUGCCUGGAGUGUGGGAAAAGCUUUGCCAGAAGCGGUACUCUAGCUUUACAUAAUAGGAUGCAUAAAGGGGAGAAACCUUAUAAAUGCCUGCACUGUGGAAACAGCUUUAGUCAAAAAGUUCAUCUUAAGUCACACGAGAGGAUCCACACGGGGGAAAAACCAUUUCAAUGCAUGGAGUGUGGAAAGAGCUUCCAUUUCUCAACAAACCUUAUUUCCCAUCACAGAAUCCACACAGGGGAGAAGCCCUUUCAAUGCCUACAGUGUGGAAAGUGCUUUGCCAGUUCUUAUAGCUUGCAUGCCCACAAACGGAUCCACACAGGGGAGAAACCAUACAAAUGCCUGGAGUGUGGAAAGAGCUUCCACAGUUCCAGCCACCUAACUUCCCAUAACAAUAUCCACACUGGAGAGAAACCGUAUCAGUGUACUGAGUGUGGAAAGUGCUUCAAUAAUUCAGGUAGUCUUGCUUCCCAUAAAAGGACCCACACGGGUGAAAAGCCUUAUAAGUGCCUUGAAUGUGGCAAAUGCUUCACCAGGUCGUCACACUUUACUUGCCACAAAAGGCUCCACACCGGGGAGAAACCAUACGAAUGCCGCACGUGUGGAAAGAGCUUCAGUGACAAACAUCGCUAUAUCGUACAUAGCAGAACCCACACUGGGGAGAAACCAUAUCAGUGCCCGGAGUGUGGAAAAUGCUUCAAUGUGUCUCAAGAACUGACGAUCCAUAAAAGGAUUCACACAGGAGAGAAACCGUAUAAGUGCAUGGAGUGCGGCAUGAGUUUUAGCAGAAGUGCUUACCUUUGUAGCCACAAGAGGAUCCACACAGGGGAGAAACCAUAUGCAUGUAACGAGUGCGGAAAAUGUUUUAAUCAAAAGCAUUCACUCAAUAACCAUAGAAGGAUUCACUCAGGUAAGAAACCCUAUAAAUGCCUGGAGUGUGGAAAAUGUUAUAGUGAGAGUCGCACACUUACCUGCCAUAUGAGGAUCCACACAGGAGAGAAACCAUUUAAAUGCAUCGACUGUGGAAAGAGUUUCCAAGUUAGCAGGAAUCUUACGAUUCAUAAAAGAAUCCACACAGGGGAGAAGCCAUAUCAGUGUGUGGAGUGUGGAAAGAACUUCGGAACCAGAGGCAACUUGAAUCGCCAUAAGAAGACGCACAGCAGGAAAAGACCACAUUAAUUAGUUCAUGUUGAUUCUCAAAAUUCACUUAAUGCCCAUAGAAUCUGUAGAGAUGCAUGGAAUAUGGGAAGGGCUUCCAAAGUAGCAGAAGCUUUUGACCCAUUAAAAUGAGUUGUGUUGUAUAACUAGGAAUUAACUUUUGGAUAGAA